AUGACAAAACAACAACCAUUAUAUGAUAGAGUUGCUAUUAUUGGUGGAGGACCAACUGGAUUGGCAGCAGUUAAAGCAUUGGCUCUAGAACCUGUGAAAUUUUCCAAGAUUGAUUUGUUUGAAAGAAGAGAUCGAUUAGGUGGAUUAUGGUAUCAUCAAGGUGAUAAAUCUUUGGUUUCUCCCCAAAUUCCCAAUACUUCACCAUCAGCUCAAGAAAUUGUAUCUGAUAAAGCAACAACUCAAGAUAGAUACUUUUCUGCAAUUUAUGAAUUUAUGGAAACAAACGUUGAUCAUAGAAUGAUGCAAUAUCAAGGUGUGGAGUUCCCUUCUAAUUCUAGAAAAUAUCCACCAAGGACAGAAGUUCUCAAUUAUGUUGAUCUGUAUGUUGAUACGAUCCCAAAGGAUUCUACCAACAUACAUUUAAAUACCAAUGUGAAGAAUGUUGAGAAGAUUGGUGAUGUUUGGAAAGUACAAGUUGAAGAUACAAUAACUGGCAAGGUUACUAAUUUAGAAUAUGACGCGAUAAUUAUUGCGAAUGGUCAUUUUAGUGUUCCUUAUAUUCCCGACGUUCCGGGUUUGGCAAAUUGGAACAAACACCUUCCAAAGACUAUUACACAUUCAAAAUAUUAUGAAAAUCCAACUCCGUACAAAGAUAAACGAGUAUUGGUUAUUGGGAAUUUUGCAAGUGGGAUUGAUGUUUCAAUUCAACUUGGUGUUUGCGCCAAAGAAAUUAUUGUUUCAGUUAGAGAUGUGGCUGCAGCAAAGCUGGCUGGCAAUCCAUGCAAAUACAUUGGAGUUAUUGAAGAGUAUAAUUAUGAGGAUAAAUCGGUUAGAACUGUGGAUGGUGAAGUAAUCAAAGAUAUUGACAAUAUUAUAUUUUGUACAGGAUAUCUUUAUUCCAUGCCAUUCUUGAAACUUGAUGGUGUUAUUACUGAUGGGUUCCAAGUUCAUAACAUAUAUAAACAAAUUUUUAACAUUUCCGAUCCUUCAAUUUCGUUUAUUGCUUUAUUAAGAGAUAUCCUUCCAAUGCCAAUAGCUGAAUCCCAAGCAGCUUUAAUUGCUAGAGUGUAUAGUGGAAGAUUCAAGUUGGUUAGUGCAGAGGAGAGACAAAAGAGUUAUGAACAAGAAUUACAGGAUUCGGGUUCAGGUCAUGGAUUUCAUAGUUUUAAUUAUCCAAAGGAUGUAAAUUAUUGUCAAAUGUUGCAAUCAUUAAUUGAUGAACAAGAUUUAAGAACACCUGGUUUGGUUGCUCCGAUUUGGAAUGAAGAAAUUCAAUAUGUUCGAAGUCAAACUAGACCAGAUAAGAUAGCAAGACUUCAGGAAGUAGCUCAGCAUGUUAAAGAAUUGAGAGCCGAGGGUAAAGACUUUUCUUUAUUAUAG